GAGACGGAGAAAGAGGAGGAGAUGAACGAAGAGGAGAUGGAAGCGGAGGAGAGAGCCCUCGAAUUCUGGUUAUCGGCUGAAACACAACCGUCUCCUAACCCAGUGUGGACGCCAUUAAACGCUUUACUGUCGCGAGAGAGAGGCUCAAACCCUUUGAGCUUCACCACAGGGGCCUGUGGGGCCCGGAGUUUUGUCCAGAGAUUCCAGCGUCUGUUCACACUUGAUUCCCAUCGAGGUUGUGUGAACUCACUUCACUACAAUCAGUCGGGGACAUGUCUGGCCAGUGGCAGUGAUGAUCUGCAUGUUAUCGUGUGGGACUGGGCGAGUCAGAGAGAGAGACUGAGGUUUCACACCGGUCACAAGAGCAAUGUGUUUCAGGCUAAGUUCCUGCCGAACACAGGUGACACGACGAUGGUGAUGUGUGCGAGAGAUGGGCAGGUGCGAGUGGCUGAACUGUCAGCUACAGAAACAUGUAAAUCUACCCGCAGAGUAGCUCAGCAUCGCGGCUCAGCCCACAAGCUCGCUUUACACCGAGACUCCCCCUCAGUGUUUCUUUCUGCUGGUGAAGACGCUGUGAUUUAUUCGAUUGAUUUGAGACAAGAUCGAUGUGCAACGAAGAUUAUUACCACAAAGGAACAAGACAAGAAAAUUGGAUUAUAUUCGAUUUAUAUCAACCCUUGUGAACCUCAGCAAUUCGCUGUCGGAGGUAAAGAUCAAUAUGCCAGAAUAUAUGAUUGUCGUAUGAUUCAACCUUCUCAAAUGAAUGGAGUUUUGAAAAAGUUUUGUCCUCAUCACUUGUUAAACAGUCAGUCAAAGGCUAAUAUCACUUGUCUUGUGUAUAGUCAUAAUGGGUCAGAGCUAUUAACAAGCUAUAAUGAUGAUGAUAUUUAUCUCUUUAACACAUCGGACGAAAAUGGGUCAGAAUAUAUUAAACGUUACAAAGGCCAUCGUAACAACGCCACAGUUAAGGGGGUGAAUUUCUAUGGACCGAGAAGUCAGUUUAUUGUCAGCGGAAGUGACUGUGGACACAUCUUCUUGUGGGAGAAAGAAUCUUGUCAAAUCAUCCAGUUUCUAGAAGGGGAUGAUGGGGGAGUGGUAAACUGUCUCGAGCCUCACCCUCACCUCCCUGUGUUGGCCACCAGUGGCCUGGAUCAUAGCGUCAAGAUCUGGGCCCCAACCUCCCAGCUCCCCAGCCCCCUGUGUGGGCUCCGUGAGGUCAUUAAGAAAAACAAGAGAGAACGAGAUUCUGAUAGUUUGAGACAAAGUGAUUUAUUCGACAGUCACAUGCUCUGGUUUUUAAUGCAUCAUUUGCGAGAGAGACGUCAUAGAGAGCAUCAUAGAGAAUUCUCUCCUGAUCUUGAAGCGGAUUCUGAGGCGUCUUCAAAUUCCACCAACACGUCGUCUGAUGACGAGGAAAUCGAUGCCCCAGAUAGAGUUCAAUGUCUGCCCUCCUAAACGCUCUUCUCUCCAUCCCUCCCCCUCUAUUCACUCUUUCUCCCCCCCCCACCC